AGACUCAAGUAAGGGGAGGUUCCUUUGAUGAAGUUGCAAUGUCACAUGACAGAAUGUAGCGGAGAGGCGAGAUCACACUGCGGAGUGCUGACAGGCUGGAAACAAAUGAAACAAGCGAGCGUCAACACCAACGGCUGUCUCUUUCCCACCAAAUGAAGUGUCAUCAAACGUCGUAGAAAGCUCGUAGAGGAAGGCCCAGGCGGGGUCGUGGAGUGGCUCAGUACAAGGGUGUGUGUUCUCACCAAGGGUGUGUGCCUCUCCUCCCCCCUGGAGAAGGCCAGCAGGAUCAGGAUGUCGGAGGCUAGAGAGCGUAGCCCCCGCCACCAGAGACCCUGGUCAGUGUACCGGGCCAACACCUUUGACCUCUCCUCUGAGAUGAUCGGCCUGGCACUCGCAGGGAACAGCCAGGAUCCAGAUGAGCCUGUUCUAGAGUUCAGUGUGGCCUGUAAUGAGUUGGUGACCCCAGCUCUGGAACGGAAACCCAGCAGCUUUGUGGCAGUGAGCUGCACCACCCCUCCCCAGGCCUUCUGGACCAAACACACCCAGACUGAGAUCAUCGAGGGCACCAAUAACCCUAUAUUCCUGAGCAGCAUAGCCUUCUUCCAGGACUCUCUGAUCAACCAGCAGACGCAGGUCAAGCUGUCUGUGUACGACGUCAAGGACCGCUCUCAGGGCACGAUGUAUUUAUUAGGCUCAGCUCUGUUUCCUGUGAAGGAGUUGCUGCAGGAGAAGAACCACAGGUUACACCUGACCCUGAGAUCUGCAGAGAACAAGCACGUGGGGAACAUCACCGUCAUUGCCUGGCAGAUAGAGGAGAAGCGGGACCAGAGGACUCUGCCUGUUGCCAGGUUACCAGACGCCAUCAACGGCAGGACCGUGCUUCCGGUGGAUGAGAGCCUGACAGAAUCCAUGGGUGUCAGAGCCAAAUAUGCAUCUUUAUGCAAAGACACCCUGCUGACAUCAGUGUUUGGAGGCACCAUGUCCAGAAUGUAUCGUUUCCCCACCACGGACGGUCACCACCUGCGGGUGCUAGAACAGAUGGCUGAAAGUGUGUUGUCUCUCAACAUCCCCAGACAGUAUGUCAAACUACUGCUGGAGGAGGACGCUGUCAGGGUUUGUGAGCUGGAGGAGCUGGGGGAGUUGUCACCAUGCUGGGAGAACCUACGACGACAGAUAGUCACUCAGUACCAGACCAUCAUCCUCGCGUACCAGGAGACUCUCUCUGACCUCACCAACUACAAGGGUCCGUCGUUCAAGGCCAGUAACCUGAAGGCAGAGAGGAAGCUGGAGUUCAUACCCACCAACCUUCAUGUCCAGAGGAUGAGGGUGCAGGAUGAGUCUGGCUUUGACCACACGUAUGACGUGGUGACUAUCGGGGCUCCCGCCGCCCACUACCAGGGCUUCAAGAACAGCGGCCUGCGCAAGCAAAUCACCAAGUUCGAGGAGGCCAAGAAACACGUUUAUGAGGAAGAAUGCAGUGCCCUGUCCAGCUGUCAGUCUAUAGUGUACAUCCCUCAGGACAUUGUCCGGGCCAAGGAGAUCAUCUCCCACAUCAACACCCUGAAGACCCAGGUCAGCUACUAUGCUGAGAGGCUGUCCCGCGCCGCCAAGGACCGCUCUGCCAACGGUCUAGAGAGGACCCUCGCCAUCCUGGCUGAUAAGACUCGCCAGCUGGUGACGGAGUGCGACUGCAAACUGCUGGCCUCGGCAAUCCAGGCGCUGAACGCGGCACGUCCUGAGUACAUCGCCUCCAAGGCGUCACCCUCCGCCGACGGCACCGAUCAAGUAGUCCUGCGCAACGACCGGGACACGCUGUUGGCCAAGUGGAGCGGAUGCAACAGCCGUUCCUCGCUGCACGUCGACUGGCACGAGGAGGAGUGGGAGAAGGUGUGGCUAAAUGUAGACAAGAGUCUGGAGUGUAUUAUCCAGCGGGUGGACAAACUCCUUCAGAAGGACCGUCUGCCUGGCGACAGCAGCCAGGGGGACACUACCCCAGGCCACCAGCAGGGCGGCAGCAGUAAGAAAGAUGGCAGCCCCAGUGGCGAGGAGGCUUUCCCAGGGGAGUGGAGCGAGGCGCUGUACCCUCUCCUCACCACGCUGACAGAGUGUGUGGCUAUGAUGAGUGACAAGGCUAAGAGCUCCAUGGUGUUCCUGUUGAUGCAGGACAGCGCUCCUACCAUCGCCAUGGACCUCUCCCUGCAGUACAGACGAGACGUGGUCUUCUGCCAGACGCUCACUGCCCUCAUCUGUGGCUUCAUCAUCAAGCUGAGGAACUGUCUCCGUGACGAUGGCUUCCUCAGGCAGCUCUACACCAUCGGCCUGCUGGCCCAGUUUGAGUCUCUGCUCAGCACCUACGGUGAGGAGCUGUCCAUGUUGGAGGACAUGUCGGUUGGCAUCAUGGACCUACGGAACGUUACCUUCAAGGUGACCCAGGCAACCUCCAGCUCCUCCCCCGACAUGCUGCCGGUCAUCACUGGCAACCGGGACGGCUUCAACGUCCGCAUCCCGUUGCCGGAGACCAUGUUUGAUGCGUUGCCGCGGGAGAUCCAGAACGGCAUGCUGCUGCGCGUCCAGCCGGUGCUCUUCAACGUGGGAAUCAAUGAACAGCAGACGCUGGCAGAGAAGUUUGGAGACACGUCUCUGCAGGAGAUCAUUAACCUAGAGAGUCUGGCCAGACUCAACUCCUACUAUCAACAGUUCAAGGAGGUCCUACCUGAGGACUGCCUGCCCAGGUCCCGUUCCCAGACAUGUCUACCAGAGCUGCUGAGGUUCCUGGGACAGAACGUCCACGCCAGGAAGAACAAGAACGUAGAUAUCCUGUGGCAGGCAGCAGAGAUCUGUCGUCGUCUGAACGGUGUGCGUUUCACCAGCUGUAAGAGUGCUAAGGACCGCACGGCCAUGUCCGUCACCCUGGAGCAGUGUCUGAUCCUACAGCACGAACAUGGCAUGGCCCCACAGGUCUUCUCCCAGGCCCUCGACUGCAUGCGCAGCAUUGGGACCAGGGAGGGGGUCACCCAGAAGAACCUGAGUGGCCUGUUGCCUGUGCGGGAUUUCAGGCUGGACCCCAGCCUGCUGUACUCCCUGCCCCUGCUGGCCCUCAGCCCCAACCUGCUGGUCGUCUGGCUGUUCCUCAGCGUCGCCUACUUCCUGGCCAAGCUCCGCUGCAGCUGAAGGCACAGCCCCUCUGCCACCCAGCCCCACCUACUCUCGACCUCUACUCACCUCUUCUCUCUGCCCGUUCCCCCCAGUGUGUCCAUCAGUCAGUCGGUCAGGAAGAAAGGCAAAACGUUAGUUUGUCAGUCAAGGAGGAAGACAGGCAGUCAAGGAGUCAGUCAGUCGCUCUAUGUCAGUCUGUCUGGAACUCAGCCGGGAGAACCCUCUGAUUGGUCAAGGGCAGACCGUGUGUAUCUGUCUGGACUUUAUGUGCGUCACUCGACUAAACUGCCAGCUGUUCCACCCAAUGGGCAUCCAGCACUCCUCCCGCUCUGCUCUCUGUCCUAACCAAUCCAGUCUGAGCAGGAGGCUGGUCUAAAGGUCUAUGUGCAGUACUGUAGGAGACUGUUACUGUCAGUGUCCUGACAUAUUUCUCAGUUUAACACCCAUUGUUUUACAACAAUCAAAAACAGAGUAUGGAGAGAAACUUUGUGAAAUAUAGCCGGUAAGAAGUUUUAGCUGAAUUUAAUGGAAGUUUUGUCCCAGUUGUUCUUGAGUAUUUAUAAUGCCGCUUCCCAACUCAUGACAUGAUUAUAACCAUGCUAUUAUGAUGAUAUGAUGCCAUGGAUCCUUUGGUUUUGCACAGAGCUUAUUUUCAGUCAUGCAAAUGUUCUGGCUUGCUUGACGUUUACGUCUUCCAUAAGGUUUGCAUACAGCAUAAGCCAAGGGAUGGCUUGGCCAUGCAAUAUCAAGCUGAUGUUGUUUUGAUCUGGUGGCCAUUUUGUUGUUGUUCCUCAGGCCUUCCUACUCUUACAGCAGGAGAGACUUGUGUCCACUUUCACUUUAAACCAAUGCACUUUUGUCUCAACGUUGUCAUCUUAAUGAAGGUUAUCCGCUUGUCUUGCCAAUUGACACAGUUUCAUCUUGGUCGGAGCAAUUUGAAUUGGCUAAAUCUGGGAAUUGAUGAUAUUUCAGGGGACCUUUGUUGGCUUGUUUGAUUAUGCAGUGUAGUUUUUCCAAAGUGUUAAUUUUUAGUUUAUCAGAUUUCAUUUCAUGUCUGUACCAAGUUUCCUAUUUACUAUAGAGUUUGUAUAUAUGAAUUGGUUCUUUGUUUGAGGGUAAGGGUUGCAGUUCUAUGGAAAUGACAGAGAGAGUGAAGAGAAUGUACAUGGGCAAACCUCAAAUGGCUCCCUACCACCAAAUGAUGCACUACCUCUGACCAGUAGUGCACUAAAUAUAGGGGAUGAUUUGAGACACAGCCCAUGCUUGUUGUGCCAAAUGUUUUAGCCAGGUCUCAGAUGGUAGAUACAGGUCUUGGAUCUGUAUUCCAGGUCAAAGUAUUACUUCCAGAUCUCCCAGCAGCCCAAAUCCAUCCCACUUCCACAGAGAAGUGCCCUAGAAAGGGAGAUUUGAUAUCAGACUCUUUGGGUUACUUCCAAGCCUUGCACUCUGGACUUCCUGGUCUCUGCCGAGAGAGUCCACACACCAUUAUCAUAUACAGUAGUUGCUAUCUAGUCCCAUAAAACAUGAUUAGCUAUCUAAUAGUAUAUGCACUCAUUAAUAUGUAGACUAGUGGUAUUAUCGUUUUCUAGCCCCAUAGCCUCUCUCCAUUUGAAUCAGUAUAAUACCUGUCUUCAGUGUUACGUCCCAAGACGGCCACACUCAAUCCAAUCUAAAGUGACCUACUAAAGAAAUGGACCAUCCGUCCCAAAAUAGCCUCCCCUGUGAGAUUGUCACGCUUGUCUUACAUCCCCUCCACCCCUCAUUUCCAACUCCUCGACCCCCACAAUGGAAAACUGGAGGGAUUAUUUUGUCCUUGUUGGUUGAGCUUUAUGCAAGCUUCUUAUAGGCCUCUCACCUGUGUGACUGGUAUGAGAGCUAGGCUGGGUUUAAUGGUGUAUUUAGGUUAGUUCAAUGGUUUGGUUUUGAAUAUUCAAGAGGUUUUUUAUUUUUAGCGAUUUUUGUGCAAUGUUACUGUUUUACAUGAUCAACAAAUACGUAAGUACAUGCAGUAUUUCUUUCUCAGUAUUCUACAGUAUUUACUUUUUCAAUCUUGUAAAUCCAUAUUGUAAAUAAUAGAAAUGUAUAAAAUCAGAUCAUCUAUUGAUAAGUAUGCUGGUGUAGAACUACCUCUAUUGUCCCAUGAAAACACCAUCUGACUGUCAGCCAGGGGAGGAGAGCUGAGGGGACAGCCAGGGGAAAAUGUGCUCCAUGAGAGCAUCACCCAAGUUCUGUCCCAAAUGGCACACUUUUCCCUAUGUAGUGCACUAAUUUUGACCAGAGCCCUAUAGGUCCUGGUCAAAGUAGUGUACUAUAUAGGGAAUAGGGCGCCAUUUAGGACACAGUAUGUACAACAUUAGGAUGGCGUUUGUUUCAACCAAAUGUGAAAUAGCUCCUCCUGCUGGUUGGUAAUGAUACUACAGAAGCUUGUCACCCAGUUGGUCCCAAGAAAAUAGUUGGAUUGCUCCAUUCUGGGGAUACAUGCAAUUAGGAGCCCAUUCUAAAGUUGUAGAGAAUUGCAGAAUGUGCUGGUGGCAGUUUGUUCUGCUGGUGUAUUUAAUUCCCAUGAAGAAACCCACUGCGUUAAACAUGUUGUAACCAUAGUGAUGCUAAAUCCUGGAAUAUUCCAACUAAAACCAAGUUCCUCAAUUCUCAAGUUUUAUUUUUCUGUUUCUCUUGAAUUCCUUAGUGCUUUUGACGAUAGAGAAUAUAUUUAUAUUGCGUUGCAUUAGAUUUUCAUGCUUGUCUGUCUAAAUACUCAAGAUUUGCUAAAUAUAUGUAUUCUUAUGGAAAGUUUGUGAUUACAUCAUCGUCAUGCAAGUGUCACUAUAAUGAGAGGGAGAAAUUCUAGUUGCUGUUCCAGAUAUCAUUGUAUUAACCCUUGUCUGGUACUUUGCCAAGUCCCAACCCAACAUCAGGGUUGCUUGGAUAACCAUUUAUGAAUAUGCUCUGAAAUAGUAGACUUUUCUCCCUUUCGCUCUGAAAUAGUAGACUUUUCUCCCUUUCGCUCUGAAAUAGUAGACUUUUCUUCCUUUCGCUCUGAAACAGUAGACUUUUCUCCCUUUCUCUCUGAAACAGUAGACUUGUCUUCCUUUCUCUCUGAAACAGUAGACUUUUCUUCCUUUCUCUCUGAAACAGUAGACUUGUCUUCCUUUCUCUCUGAAACAGUAGACUUUUUUCCCUUUCGCUCUGAAACAGUAGACUUUUCUCCCUUUCUCUCUGAAACAGUAGACUUUUUUCCCUUUCUCUCUGAAACAGUAGACUUUUCUCCCUUUCGCUCUGAAACAGUAGCCUUUUCUUCCUUUCGCUCUGAAAUAGUAGACUUUUCUCCUUUUCUCCCUUUCGCUCUGAAACAGUAGACUUUUCUCCCUUUCUCUCUGAAACAGUAGACUUUUCUCCCUUUCUCUCUGAAACAGUAGACUUUUCUCCCUUUCGCUCUGAAACAGUAGACUUUUCUCCCUUUCGCUCUGAAACAGUAGACUUUUCUCCCUUUCGCUCUGAAACAGUAGACUUUUCUCCCUUUCUCUCUGAAACAGACUUUUCUCCCUUUCUCUCUGAAACAGUAGACUUUUCUCCCUUUCGCUCUGAAACAGUAGCCUUUUCUUCCUUUCUCUCUGAAACAGUAGACUUUUCUCCCUUUUGCUCUGAAACAGUAGACUUUUCUCCCUUUCUCUCUGAAAUAGUAGACUUUUCUUCCUUUCUCUCUGAAACAGUAGACUUUUCUUCCUUUCGCUCUGAAAUAGUAGACUUUUCUCCUUUUCUCCCUUUCUCUCUGAAAUAGUAGACGUUUAUCCCGUUCUCUCUAAUGCUUCUCUCUGGAAAGUGAAAUAGCAGUCAAUUAGUCAGCAGCCCAAAGAAUCAGCUUUAAUGUUGUUCUAUAAUAAACGUCAUGCCAUAUGUACCAGAGGAGAAGGUGUAUACUUCACUACAGAGUAUUUGAAUAGUUGUGUUUGUUUUCCCUGGAAUGGAACUGUUACAUUGAAAUUAGAAUGUAGAACAUUUAAGUCUGUGCGUUUUGCUAUUGCUCUUGUUUCACUUUAUCUGUGGUGCUCGUAACUCUAUCUAGAAAGCAGGUCUUCUGUACACAGUAUUAGUGUUCUGUACCGCUCCCUCCAACAACAUCCCGAUAUUUCCCGGGACAAUCUGUCCGUUAGCUUUAGCUGUUGCCCCCAUGUUUCUUUGACAGUGGCGUCAAUGUGUUGGUUGGUUUUUGGGUUUCUCAUUGUCUUUUAACACGAGCCCUUUUUUGUUUUGUUUUCUUCACUUUGCUGUCAUCCUCUCUCUGUGCUUGCCCCCCUCCCCUCCCCUCCCCUCCCCUC